UUACAUCGGUUAAAUCCCACUUUGGGGUAGUUAUGGGUGUUCACGAUUUGUGGUCUAUCGUCGAGCCGGUUCGUGAGUCGGUGCCGCUCUACAGUUUGAGCGGAAAGACGCUGGCAGUCGAUCUGAGUUUAUGGGUGUGCGAGGCCCAGCACGUCCAGGCAAUGGUGGGGAGGGUUACCAAACCCCACCUGAGGAAUUUAUUUUUCAGAGUCUCAUCCCUCACGCUUAUGGGGGUAAAGCUUGUCUUUGUGAUGGAAGGAGAAGCCCCUAAACUUAAAGCAGAAACCAUGAAAAAGAGGACGGAAACGAGAUAUGGAGGAUUCAAAAAGGCUUCUGCCCCGAAAUCCACAACAACCACCAGCAGAGGGCGCUUUAAAGCUGUGCUUAGAGAGUGUGCAGAAAUGCUGGACUAUCUGGGUGUGCCAUGGGUGACAGCUGCUGGGGAAGCUGAGGCCAUGUGUGCCUACCUGGACUCAAAGGGCCUGGUGGACGGCUGCAUCACGAAUGAUGGAGAUGCGUUCUUGUACGGGGCCCUGACUGUCUACAGGAACUUCAAUAUGAACAGCAAAGACCCUCAGGUGGACUGUUACAGGACCUCCAGGGUACAAACAGAGUUACAUCUCACCAGAGAGAAUCUUGUUGGUCUGGCCAUCCUCCUUGGCUGUGAUUAUAUUCCUAAGGGCAUACCAGGUGUUGGUAGAGAGCAAGCUCUAAGGCUUAUCCAGAUGCUGAAAGGACAAACGCUUCUCCAGAGGUUCAUCCAGUGGAAGGAGGAGAAUGCACAUGUGUCUGAGGGAGUUGUAAAGAAGGUUGCUCACUGCCACGUAUGUCGACAUCCUGGCUCAACAAAGUCACAUGAGCGCGGUGGCUGUGUGCUUUGCGACAGCAGACAUUUCUGUCAGCCUCAUGACUUUGACUACCAGUGUCCCUGUGACUGGCACCGCUAUGAACAGGCCCGCCAGGCCUUGUCUUUUGAGGCAAAUAUCAGGAAGAAAACACUGGCAAGUCACCAAUUCCCCUUUACAGAGAUCAUUAGUGAGUUCCUGAUUCCCAAGGACAAGCCUGUGUCAAAUUUCAAGAGGAGACAGCCAAAUAUGCUGUUGAUUCAGAAAUUUGCCUAUGACAAGAUGGAGUGGCCUCAGCAUUAUACCAGUGAAAAGGUUUUAGUCUUGAUUACCUAUGCAGAGCUGAUGAACAGAAAAUAUGGAAGAGAAAUGUCCUCCCAAAUCAAGCCCCUCAGGAUCUCAAAACCGAGGGUGAGAAACGCCGUCGCUUGCUUCGAAAUCAUCUGGAGCACACCAGAACAUUAUGUGUUUCCCGAGGAUCGGCCUGCAGAGGAUCAACAUGAGGUGAGGACAGUGGAGGAAGAGUCUCUCGUCCGUGUGGCCUUUCCACAGGUGGUGGAAAGCUACCUGAGAGACAAAGCUCUGGCGGAAGAGAAAAAGACCAAGAAGAAGAAGCCAAAGAGUAAAAAGGAGAAGACGUCUGAUCUGAUCUCAGAUGAUAUUUCAGGCCUCUUGGCUCAGAUGACCCUUCAGAGAUCCUCUAACUCUCAGCCACAAGCGCUGCUACCUACCGUUUCAAACACAGAUGAACCAGACGUGGUGGUUUUGGACACUCCAGUGAACCAUAAACAGCAGCGGCCGUCGAAAGAAGACCACAGGAGUCCGGGCGAUUGCCCGAAUACUCCUCUGUCUGAUCCAGGAUCAGUGGCUGCUGCCUCACCUUCUGUCUCAGCUGUUAUCGACGCGCUACACCUGAGUGAUAUCGACUGGGAUGCUUUGUCCUUCACAUCCUCUCCACCUCCACAAUCAGCCGCAAACCCCACCACUGAGCUCAAGCUGAGCAAAAUCACAGACAGUGAGAUCAAGGAAACAGAGGGCGAGAGCAACAAGCGGAAAACCUCAAGUGCUGUCAAAGAAGCAGACUCCAGAUCUGCUCCAGAGUUGUGCUACACUGACUGUCCUCUAAGGGACAGGGUGCUGAUGAGGAACACAGCUAAAGCUAUAGACCAGAUGGAGAUGCACAAUGACGUGAUCUCAAAACAACUGAACUAUGAGUUAACCUCUCUCAAACACACUUCCUCUAAGUCAAACUCAAAACCAAGUGGGCAGCCCAGUAAAGGCAACGAUGAGGAAUCUGCUGUUAACAAAAAAGAACCUCUCACUGACAAAAGGCAGUGUGCAACAAAUAAGUUGGGAACUGAGACUCACAGUUCAAAGCAGCAGCUGAGGCCUGCAGUCCAAGCUCAAAGUAAGACAAAGGGCAAAUGUAAUGGCUCCCAAAAGCCUCCUCAGAAAUAUAAAUUUGUCAGAACAGCCAUUUCAUCAUCGGCCGUCCCACCACAGAGGUGCCACUCUGACCUAGUUCAAAGUGACAAAAACGCGCCGCAGACCACUAAGAAGAGCGUGUGUGUGAGCAUGGGUUCAUCCAGCGAGGAGAGUGAUGCAGAGAACCAGCAGUUUGGACCUCAAAGAAAAGCUAAAAUCAAGCCAAUAAGCAAACUUAAGGGCAGCUUACUUUCAGACGUCCCCCAGAAACCUGUUUCUGGAACUAAAGCAACCGAACGAACAGCUAAAAAGGCUGCUGCCGUCCAGUCGUUACGACAAAAACCUCAGAGCAGCGGCGUAGAGGUUGAGAUAAGCAGCAUACCUGCGUCCACUAAAAGCCAGGAUGUGUCGCCAGCCAAUGUGGACGGUGACGUGUUCCUUCAGACUCCAGCCUCACCUGUUGUUAUGUCAGACGGUGAUGAUUCAGUGAUUGGUAGUGACAGUCCGCUGCCACUGGCAGAGAGACUGAGACUGAAGUUCCUGAAGUGAGCAGUAUAAUUACAGGAUGAUGGACAAGAACGUGAGCUAAUUUAUGUUGAAUGUGAAGGUUUACUCUUAACCUUGGAAAAAAAUCUUACGUUCUGUUUCCAGCUUUUUACAGUGGAGCUAUUGAUGAACCGCAUAUCUUUAGGUUUUGGAUUGUUUAUCAGACAAAACAAGACGUUUGAUGACAUCAACUACGGCUUUAGCAAAUUAUGAUGCUAAUUUUUCCACUACUGUCUUAUAUUUUAUAUACCAAGCAAUUAAGAAAAAGUUAGUCUUAGCUUUGCCACAACUUGUUACUGUGAUCCCAAAUGGAACUGUUUCUGUAAAACAGGGAAAGGCUGAGCAUGGACACACUUUAAAGUAUUAAAUGAGUGACAUGUGGCUUGAUAGGAAAUUAUUUUAAUAAAGGUGUGUGUUUAGAUGUUUGUUGCAAUAAAUGCUGUGAGAUUUAAAAGCUU